AUGCCGGCGGCGCAGGGGAGCCAGGAUGCACUGGCGUCGCUGCGCGGCGCGGCGCCGGCGUACCGCAAGUAUCUAAGCGGCGCCAAGGCCGAGAUUCCGCCGCUCGAUGAGAUCAAUGAACUUUUGACGCAGCUGCACGCGAUGCGUGACGAUGCCGAGUCGCGGCUGCAAUCGCUCCUCGCUGAACGUGGACGUGCGCCCCGCAUGAAAAUGAAGCCGGUGCAGGUCAAGCGCGAGGAAGACGAGAAGAGCGAGGAUGAGGUCGAGUGGGAGCCGGAAAGCCAAAAGGUCGGGCGCACGUACGGGCGCCAGCGGCGAACACACACGCCAAAACAAGACGAGAGCAGCGAGCUCGAAUCCGAGCCGGAUAGCGACGCCGAGCUCGCGCAGUCGAGCUCGGCGCCUGCGCGACGUGGCGGACUUGGGAUCAAGCUGCGCAUGCACAAUAAUGAUGUGCGCCGCCCCGAGCCGCCGCGGCAGACGCCGGCCCUUGCGCUGGAGGGCGAGACGUUUACCGACAACACGACCUUUAGCUGGGAGGUGCCCGAGGACGUCGAUACCGCCGUGCUGCCCCAGCGUGAGGUCGUGCAGGCCCCGCGGACCUACCCCACCCACCCGCUGGACGUGCACGACGACUUUGCAAACAAAGACUGGCGCGAAAAAGACAUUGGCAACCAAAAAGACGCAGCUGGGCGGGGACGCCAGGUGAAGGACACUGCCCAGGUGUCUGCGACGACGUUCUACAACUAUGCGGACGCGUAUUUCAAGCCAGUGACCGAGGACGACCUCGCGUGGCUCUCGAGCAAGAACGACGAUCCGUACCCGUUUCAGUUUCCAGAGCUCGGCACGCACUACAGGCAGGUGUGGGAGAAGGAGGACGCCGAGCUGCUUGGGAUGCUGCACGGUCCCGAGGCCACGCCGUGGCGGCCCCGCCGCGACGACGACGACAAGCCUCUCGCAAAAGACGCGCCGUCGUCGGCGUCGCUCAGCGAGCUGCGUGAUACACACAUGUACAGCCGCACGGUAUCCGGCGGCCCGCUGAUGGAGCGCCUUGCGUCUGCGCUCCUGCUCCCGAAAGAGCCGGUAGAGAUGCGGGGAAGCGACGAGGGGCAUGUCGACCCGCCGCCGGACACGCACAAAAGUAUGGCCGAGAGCGAGGCGCAAGCACGGCAAGAGUGCGAGUCGAUCGGUCUCCUCGACACGAACGUCGCGGUGCAGUGGCAAGAGCAUGUCGACGGGCCGAUCGCGAGCGCACUGCGCCUCGCACAGGCGCGGCUCCGGACGCAGAUCAAGGCGAACGAGCAGCGCAAAGCGCGCCUCUUUAAGAUCGCGCAGGACCGCAUGGCGUACCAGGAUUACCAGGCGUGCCUGGCAGCGGUGGAUCGCGAGAUUGAGGCGUCGUGGACGAAGCGCAUGCGCCAGAUCAAGGCGAGCAUGGGCAAGAAACGCAAGGGUGGCCCAGACGACGGGGGCCCAAGCAAGCCGCAGCUGCCGGACUCGCUCCCGGCGGCGCUCGAGCGGCGCAAGCAGCUCAAGGCCGCGUUUGAGCCGAUGUUUGACAAGAUGCAGCAUGCGCGUGGGCCGCCGCGCGAAAGUAUAUACCAGGGGUUAAGUAGUUAG